UAUCUCUCCAAAAACAUAAUGUAAAUUUAUUAUAAUGUAGAUAUAUGAAAAAAAUAUGCUUGCCCAUUACCUUCGACGCGUUUUUCUUUGUGAGGAGAUUUAAAGGAGAAUAGUUCCGGGAUCAAGUAAUUUUUUUAUUUGUGCUCGCGAACGGACACCUCGCGCAAAUAAUCGCCACGAGGACGACGACGUAGGUGGUUUGAACACUGAAGACAAGCGCAAUGAUGGUAACGCGAUUGCAUCAAGUGAUUAAUGCCGCAAUUCCAAACAAAAUCGCAAGACUCAUAUAAAUUGCGAUUCUAAAUAAGAUCUUACGAUGUUGUUUUUUAAAAUUACUACAUUAACAACCAAAUUCGAGAGAAAAUUUCGAUUCAUUUGCGAUUUCGAUGUAAAGGGACAUUGAAAGAAAGAGAGAAAGUGGUGUUAAUCCAGCCGCGUUUUGCGCCGGGUGGCGCGAAGACUGGAGUGCGGACAAAAAUUCGGCACAAUCGAGCAAACAAAGAUUGCCGGUUAAGUUAUUCCGGAUAUGUUCCCGCCGAUUGUACAACACCUUGUCGUGUUCACGAUGGGUGGGGAAGAGUCUCUAUACUUGUAAGGGAAGGCGCGAUAUAUAUAAAAGACUUCGAAAUAAAACGCAUCGCAGAGAUUUCGCAGCGAGAGAUCAACGCGUAGGUAACAUCUAAACUCCACGAAAGCAAAAUGAUGACCAAAAUCCUGGUUUUGAUCGGCGCCUUCGCGGCCAUCUGUUCCGCCGGGGUGGUCCCAGCGAUUCCGGCAGCAUUGCCUGCGGCUCUGACAGUUGGAACUUACGCCACAAGUUACAACGCGCACGCCAUCAAUCACGCCAUAGCCGCCCCGUAUGUGGCAGCCGCGCCAGCGGCAAUCGCAGUUGCACCUGCAGCUUAUGCAGCGGCACCGGCGGCACCACUGGCUUAUUCCGCUCUGGCGACACCAUUCUCCGCUCCGAUCAUUGCCGGAAAACGAUAAGCUAUUGCGUGUCUCUCGUUGAAAGCCAGAUAUCGAUCCUGACCUCAAAUUGUUAAUUAUACUACUAUAAAGUAGAUCAAUUGAUGAAAAAAAAUGCCGAUGUAAAAAAUGUCAAUUUUUUGAUAUGUAAUGCCGAGUUUUCUUACAUUGUAAAUAUAUCAAUUUUAAUAAACUAUCAUUGUUAAACGCACA